AGGUGGUGUUUUUUGCUAUAAAUUUCACUCUUGGUAUCAUUUUCCGUAGAGCACGAACGGCGGCAUCGUUGGCAUUUCCGAGACGCAAAAAAACUCGCUUUUGCAAAUGGCUUAUAGGGAUGAAAGGCUCUUCUUGCCAUUGAUCUAUACGUACUCAGUACUUUUUGGCGAGUUAGCAGAAUAUCGAUGUGAUUUAGCGUUUAGCUCCGUAGCUUCCCCAUUUUUACGCUCAAGUUUCUAAGGGCUUGCUAAGCAAGGUUAUUGAUCAACUGGCAAGCAUUACCUUACGUUGAUCUAUAAACCUUAUUCCUUGACUUGGUUCGACUUAUUUCAACGGUUGUUGAAUUAACACGAUUUCUUCAGGAACAGGUGUCUAUGGAGGAAAACUAAGAUAGAAUUAAGUCUCCCCAUGUAGCCAAAGCUCGCGAGGGCGAUUUUACCCAAGUGAUGUGGCGUAUACUCAAUUGUCAUUUACAAGGAUGAACUCUGUGGUCAUCUUGCAAAAAAUUUGGGCUAAUGCAGUAAACGGUAUCAAAUCGGUCUAUUCGCUAACAACAACGUAGCGUUAUGGGAGCGACACCUGUUAAAGAUGCGAAAAAACAAAAUAAACGUCGCAAGCUUCCCAAAAGAGGACGGGGAAGAAGUAAAAAAAUUAAAAUACGUCAAAUUCCGAUAACGGAUGCGGAAUCUAAGAGUCAUCAAGCAGAAAAAAAAGAUGAGGUACCAUCUUCACCACAAGUGACCGGAGAGGCCCCACCUGCUGAGCCUGAAAAACAGGAACUGCAGGAAAAGUCAGAAAAGCAGGCAACAACUGAAAGAACUUCGAACUCGGCAAAAGCUGAGACAAGCGAAAAGCAUUUGUUUGUUGAGGAAGGGCCUGUACGUUUGGGGAAUUCGCCCCUUUGCGCCACACAUACCAGAGAGUAUUUGAUUUUCGUUGAUGAUUUAGAGAGGAAAGAAAGACAGCAUUAUGAAGAUGUCAGGAAGUACGCAGAGCAGUUUCUGCAGCUGGUGGCUUGCCUCCAUUGUAUGACGAUCCUUCUCACGACCCUUAUGCUGUACGUUUUUGCACAGUAUAUAAUCGAUCGAUUAAAGCGCAGCUGAAGGAAUACGCAAAUCCAUUGCGCUUUUUCCAUGAUUUUACAGGAAGCUCUUGCAAAAGACUUCCGUGCAGGGAGAAACUAUAUGCAGAUUUAGUAUCAAUGAAGAUCAAGCGCCGGGAUGUGCAGAUGUAUUUCCUUUCGAACGUAUUUCUGUUUCAUAUUUUGAUUG